AUGGAAAAAAAUGAGAAGUUAGCUUAUGCGCAACUUCAGAAGGAACUGUUGACAUUCAGGGAUGUCACCAUAGAAUUUACUCCAGAAGAGUGGGACUACUUGGACCCUGCUCAGCGCAAUUUGUAUGGGGAUGUGAUGUUAGAGAACUACAGAAACCUGAUCUCUGUGGCACCACCUAUUGUGGGCAGCAAUAAUCAGUCUUUUGAAAGCCCCAGAGAAAACCAGGACUUUGGGUAUAUGUUUGGAUUAUGUGUUCAGCCAAAUGUUUCUGACAAGAAGAGAUUUAAAAUUGAAGAGCAUAUUUAUGAAUGUUGUCAAUUUGAUGACUCCUUCAUUAAAACUUUAUUAUUCUUCCACCAAACAACAUUACCUUCACAUGCCAAAAUCCAAAACUGGAAUCAGUACGAGAAAGAAUAUCAGAGGACUCACAGAGGAAAGAAACCCUACCAAUCUGAAGAAUGCGGUAAAGCCUUUAAAUGGGGCUCAAGACUUACAAAACAUCAGAGAAUUCACACUGGAGAGAAACCCUACAAAUGUGAAAAACAUGAAAAACCUUACAAAUUUGAGGAAUGUGGCAAGGCCUUUAAUCAGUGCUCGAACCUGACAACACAUACGAGAAUGCAUACUGGAGAGAAACCCUACAAAUGUGAAGAAUGUGGCAAUUCCUUUAAGAAGUUAUCAACUUUUACAGCGCACAAGAGAAUUCAUAAUGGAGAGAAACCUUACAAAUGUGAGGUAUGUGGCAAGGCCUUUAACCAUUAUUCAAGCAUUACAACACACAAGGGAAUGCAUACUGGAGAGAAACCCAACAAAUGUGAAGAAUGUGGCAAAUCCUUUCAUCAGUGUUCACAUCUUACAGGACAUAAGAGAAUUCAUAGUGGAGUGGAACCUUACAAAUGUGAGGUAUGUGGCAAGGCCUUUAACCAUUAUUCAAUCCUUACAAUACAUAAGAGAAUGCAUACUGGAGAGAGACCCUACAAAUAUGAAGCAUGUGGCAAAUCCUUUCACCAGUGCUCACAUCUUACAGCACAUAACAGAAUUCAUACUGGAGAGAAACCCUACAAAUGUGAAGAAUGUGGCAAAUCCUUUCAAUGCUGCUCACAUCUUAAAGCACAUGAGAGCAUACAUAGUGGAGAAAAACCUUACAAAUGUAAGGAAUGUGGCAAAGACUGUAAUAGGUUCUCAAAUCUAAGAGCACAUAAGAUAAUGCAUACUGGGGAGAAACCCUACAAAUGUGAAGAAUGUGGCAAAUCCUUUAACAAUUUAUCAACUUUUACAGCACACAAGAGAAUUCAUAGUGGAGAGAAACCUUACAAAUGUGAGGUAUGUGGCAAGGACUUUAACCAUUAUUCAAGCCUUAGAAUACAUAAGAGAAUGCAUACUGGAGAGAAACCCUACAAAUGUGAAGAAUGUGGCAAAUCCUUUCAUCAGUGCUCACAUCUUACAACACAUAAGAGAAUUCAUACUGGAGAGAGACCCUACAAAUGUGAAGAAUGUGGCAAAGCCUUUCACCAGUGCUCACAUCUUACAGUACAUAAGAGAAUACAUACUGGAGAGAAACCUUACAAAUGUGAGGUAUGUGGCAAGGCCUUUAACCAGUAUUCAAGUCUUACAACACAUAAGAAAAUUCAUACUGGAGAGAAACCCUACAAAUGUGAAGAAUGUGGUAAAACCUUUAAGCAAUGCUCAAGACUUAAACAACAUCAGAGAAUUCAUACUGGAGAAAACCCUUACAAAAGUGAGGAAUGUGACAAGGGCUUUAACUAG